AUGGCCGAGCCGGGCCCCGCCGCCUGUCUGCUGCUGCUCCCGCUGCUGCUGAGCCCGGCCCUGGCCGGCGGAGCUGACGACACCGAAUGGGUCCGGCUGCCCAGCAAGUGCGAGGUGUGUAAGUAUGUGGCAGUAGAGCUGAAAUCUGCCUUUGAGGAAACUGGGAAGACCAAGGAGGUGAUUGACACAAAGUAUGGCUUUCUAGACGGAAAGGGGUCUGGAAUCAAGUACACGCAAUCGGAUAUCCGACUGAUCGAGGUGACAGAGACCAUCUGCAAGAGACUGUUGGACUAUAACCUGCACAAAGAGAGAACUGGCAGUAACAGAUUUGCAAAGGGAAUGUCGGAGACGUUUGAAACCCUGCACAACCUGGUGCACAAGGGGGUGAAAGUGGUGAUGGACAUCCCCUAUGAGCUGUGGAACGAGACCUCUGCCGAAGUGGCCGAUCUCAAGAAGCAGUGUGAUGUGCUGGUGGAGGAAUUCGAAGAUGUGAUCGAGGACUGGUACAGGCAUCACCAGAAGGAAGACCUGGCUCAGUUUCUCUGUGCGAACCAUGUGCUGAAAGGGAAAGACACAAGCUGCCUGGCAGAGCAAUGGGCCAGCAAGAAGGGAGAUGUAGCGACCACGGGGGAGAAGAAGACAAAGAAAAAGGGUGGCAAGAACAAGAAAGCAGCAGAGAGGAAAAAGAAAAACAAGAAGGAGAAGGUUGAGGAAGCAAAAAGCCACCUGGACCCAAGUGCUGAAGGGAGCCCUGAGGAGGAGGGGGAUAUCCAGCCGAAGGCUCCCCUUGCGCACAGCCCAGCUGACGAGCUGUAG